AUGCAGGGCUCUGGACGCGUCUUGUUCCGUGCCUUUUUACGUGUCAAUGGCGCCGCACGUUGCUCUUCCACUCUGCAACGUAGUAGUGCUAGUGUCUUUUCUUCAUGUUCAUGUAAUUUUGAUACGCUAAAGCUACGUGACGGCUGCGCUAUGUCCAUGCACACAUCAGGUCUCACCACGAUGCUGCCAUUGCAAAUACGCGCAUUCUCAGCUUCUAGUGGGGCAAUAAACGUACCUGUACCGUCUAUGGGUGACUCUAUAUCGGAAGGAACAGUUGUUGAGUGGAUUAAGCAACCAGGAGAUGCUGUGGCUGAGGAUGAGGUCGUUGUCGUACUAGAAACUGAUAAAGUGAGUGUGGAUGUACGUGCGCCCUUUGCUGGUGCCAUGGGAAAGCAGCUGGCGGGUAUUGAUGAUAAUGUACUAGUUGGUACGCCUUUAUUUCAGAUACUUAAGGGAGAAACAGGUGCUGAAAUGACGCAGGAGACGUCAAAGAAAGAGACACCAGCGCCUAGUGCCGAGAAAAAGGUUUCGACUGGAAACGAGACAACAAUUCCUGUUCCUUCCAUGGGUGAUUCUAUCUCAGAAGGGACAGUUGUAAAUUGGAUGAAGAAAUCUGGAGAUUAUGUGGCCGAGGAUGAGGUUGUCGUUGUGCUUGAGACUGAUAAGGUGAGCGUGGACGUUCGUGCUCCCAAGGCUGGUACGAUUACGAGUACAUUGGUUAAUUUGGACGAGACUGUCACGAUUGGUGAACCGCUUUUUCAGAUGAAGUUGGGUGGUGAGGCUCCUGUGGCCACUGCUUCGACGCCUGCGGCGGGGGAUGCGUUGAAUUCCACUACAUCGGAUCUAGUGACGAUCUCGGCAUCUGCUGCUGACUCGACAUCUACUGCCGGCCCAGAUCAAGCGGCCGCCUCAGCGCCUGCUAGUUCGGAUGUGGGAAUGCUGCUGGCUACGCCUACGCGCACGUCUCGUCGCGAAAAAAUGAGUCGUAUGCGUUUGCGCACGGCUGAACGCCUGAAAGAGUCGCAAAAUACGGCAGCAAGUCUCACAACCUUCCAGGAGGUGGAUAUGAGCAAGCUCAUGAAUCUACGUAAGCAAUACAAGGACGCGUUUGAGGCUAAACACGGUGUCAAGCUCGGUUUUAUGUCGGCUUUUGUGAAGGCAAGCACCUCUGCGUUGCUGGAGGUUCCCGGUGUAAAUGCAAUGAUCGACGAAGUACACCAAGAAAUUGUUUACCGUGAUUUUGUGGAUAUGAGCGUGGCUGUAUCAACUCCUAAGGGUCUCGUGACCCCAGUUCUGAAGAACACCGAGUCCAUGAGCUUUGCUGAUGUGGAAAAGGGACUGGCCGAGCUUGCAGCUCGUGCACGUGAUGGCAAGUUGACGCUUGAGGAGAUGACUGGUGGCAAUUUUACGAUCUCCAAUGGUGGUGUCUUUGGCUCGCUGAUGGGUACGCCAAUUAUUAACCUGCCACAGUCUGGUAUCCUCGGUAUGCACGGAACAAAGAUGCGCCCUGUAGUUGUGGACGGUGAGGUGGUCGUCCGGCCCAUGAUGUACCUUGCACUUACGUACGACCAUCGUCUCGUCGACGGACGCGAGGGUGUUACGUGUCUGAAGGCUAUAGCUGACAAGAUUGAGAAUCCGGAGCGACUUUUGCUUGACAUUUGA